UCACAUAUAAAUCCUUCUCUCUCACCCCCCCCCUUUCUUUCAAAUCCCAAAACUCUAAACACACAUACACUUAGCACCUUUUUUUUUUUUUUUUUUUUUCCUCUCUUUCUUAUCCUUUUUCAAGUUUGAACCUGGUAGAGACAAAACAAAACAAAUUAAGGGGGUCAAGAGAAGGAAAGGAAGGGAACGAACGUCCUUAUCCAUUUACUAUAUCAUCACCCAAUAGAACUAUUACUCUUAUAAUAAUUGUGUCUUUCUGCUGAUUAGAUCCCCAAAGUUAUUGCUCUAUACAUAACCAUCCCUUUUCUCUCUUAUCAUCCAUCCCAAAAAAAAAAUUAUGGGACGAUCUCCUUGCUGUGAGAAAGCCCACACCAAUAAAGGCGCUUGGACCAAAGAGGAAGACCAGCGCCUCAUCGACUACAUCCGCGUCCACGGCGAGGGAUGCUGGCGUUCCCUCCCCAAAGCCGCCGGAUUGCUUCGGUGUGGAAAAAGUUGCAGGCUGAGAUGGAUAAACUACCUCCGUCCUGAUCUGAAACGGGGGAAUUUCACCGAAGAGGAAGACGAGCUAAUCAUCAAGCUUCACGGUUUACUCGGAAACAAAUGGUCCUUAAUCGCCGGAAGAUUACCGGGAAGAACAGACAACGAGAUAAAAAACUACUGGAACACUCAUAUCAAGCGCAAGCUAAUCAGCCGAGGCCUUGACCCUCAAACUCACCGUCCCCUCAACGAGACCGCCGCCGCCGUUUCUUCUCGUUUAGACUUCAGAAACACCUCUCCACCGGCUCUCCCGGUUGCCGAGAUCAGUCUCGUCAACAAAAACGCCAGCAUCGCCACCACCAACAAUCGCGCCAAAUUAUCCGCCACGCCAAAGUUGUUACAGCCCAAGACAGAAAGCAUAACUACCCAUAAUCACGCACUUGAUCAAGACGCCAAAUCCAACUGCACCAGCAGCGGAACGACAACGGAAGAGGACCAACGACAUGAUCAAGAGCUCAAGAACAUCAACUUGGAACUCUCCAUUGGGCUGGCUCCGUUUCAGUCACGUGAGCAGCCGGCUCGGUUGUCGUUUGCGAACACGGCAGAGUCCAAACCCUCGCGAGUAAUCAGUAUUACUAGUAAUAAUAACAACAAUAUUCACCAGUUGUUUGGUGGAGUUUGCUUGUGUUGCCAGUUGGGGUAUCAAGGUGGCGAGUUGUGCAGAAAUUGCCAAACCGCAAAUGGCUUCUUCAGAUUUCACAUGCCUCUCAAUUCAUAGCUUUCUUUUUUUUUUUUUUUUGAAAAAAGAAAUUGGGGGGUCAAAAAUUUUAUGUAAUUCUCUAUGUUUUAUAUAUAGAUUAAUUAAUUGAUAUAGUAUUCGGUGUACGAAUUUCAUCUGCCAG